AUGGGGGCCGAACUGGCUGCGCGAGGGUCCUAUGGUCGGCUGCUGGCGCUUCUGUCGUCUCGCACGCACGAUAUCGCUCUCGCCGAGGAUGCACUGGCAGAGGCAUUUGCAAGAGCGCUCAGCCAUUGGCCGGCGCACGGAAUUCCGGACAACCCGGAUGCCUGGCUGUUGACCACUGCACGAAACCGGUUGACGGACAGUCAGCGGCGACAGUUCCGUUUUCCGACCGUGAACGAGAUACCGGAUAUGCCCUCGUCCGAGCUUGCUGACGGCUCAAUCCCGGACCGGCGCCUGUCACUCCUGAUGGUUUGCGCGCAUCCGGCAAUUGCCCAGGAUCUGCACGUUCCCCUGAUGUUGCAAACCGUUCUUGGUCUGGAAGCGAAAACCAUUGCGCGGCUCUUUUUGAUCUCACCCGUCGCACUGUCCAAGCGACUGGUUCGGACCAAGGCCAAGAUCCGGGACGCUGGAAUACCCUUCGCGCUUCCCUGCGACGACGCCCUGCGGGAACGCAGUACGGCAAUUCUUGAGGCGCUUUAUGCCUUGCAUGCCCAUGACUGGCUGGAUCCUGCAGAAAAUCUUGGCGACGAGGCAUUCUAUCUCGCAGAUCUGCUGGGACGUCUGAUAGUGGACAAUGCGGAAGCUCUUGGCCUUGCCGCCCUGAUCGCCUUCAGCCAUGCGCGGGCGCGUGCACGUAUUGUCGAUGACAUGCUGGUUCCCACUGACGAGCAGGAUGUGACGCUCUGGAACGACGCGCUGAUAAGAUACGGCAAGCGGCAAUUGCACUGCGCCUAUGUGAAGUCGUCAGUUGGCAGGUUCCAGAUCGAGGCAGCUAUCGAAUCUGUUCAUAUUGCCAGGAAGGAAACCGGCUCCACCGAUUGGCUGGCGCUGAACAAACUCUAUGUCGCGCUUCUCAAAAUCGCUCCUUCUUCACCGGGCGGCUUCAUGGACCUCGGGCUGGGCAGGAAGCCCUGGAUGCGGCGGAAACCGUGA